AUGUUCUAUUCGGAGACGCUUCUCCAGAAGAGCGGGCCGUUGGCCCGCGUUUGGCUGUCGGCCAACAUUGAGCGCAAGCUUUCAAAGACGCACAUUUUGCAGUCCAACCUGCCGGACAGUGUAGAGGCUAUCAUUACGCCUGGCCAGGCCCCGAUGGCUCUUCGUUUAAGUGGCCAGUUGCUGCUGGGUGUUGUCAGAAUCUACAAUCGCAAAGCCCGUUAUCUGCUCGAGGAUUGCAAUGAGGCUUCAAUGAAGAUCAAGAUGGCCUUCCGCUCGAGUGACAAUCACGACAUGGCAGCCGCCAAUCUCUACGUCAACAACCGCGAAGCGCUGCUGCUGCCUGACAAGAUUACUCCACUAGACAACCUGGAUCUCCCGCCGCCUCCUGAUGCCGCUUGGCUUUUGUCGCAAAUGGACGAUGUCACAGCUACUCCAGUCGGUCGCAAGGGGCGUGUCAGCAACCGCGACAUUAACCUUCAAGAGGAUUUCAACAACAGCCAAUUCCUCAACCAGGCGGACACCCUCGAUGACGAACUGGAGCUUGCACCUAUGGAAGAUCUCGACCUUGAACUCGACUUUGGCAUGGACAUUGAUGAGCGACCCACCCGCAUGGAUACGACCAUUGAAAUGGGAAGAGAUGCGCCUCUGGCUCGCUCAGUCGAGGACGACAUGUUCAGCGAGCUCGACAUCAUGCCGCGAGGCAAGGACCAGACCGAACGUGAGCCUUCACUGGGUCUGAACCUUGACUUUGGCGACGACACUGUCCGUAUUGCUGACGAGGAGGGUGACAUUCAAAUGGGCGAUGACGACUUCCAAUUCCCUCUCGGCGAUCAAUCUGUUGUUCCCGGUCUUGCUGGCGGUCCUCUGGAUAUGCCUCGUGGCCGUAUCUCCGAAUCACCACUGUCAGAAAUCGACCCGGAGUUCGCGAGAGAAGUUGAGGAGGAAUACUCCCGUAUCCAGCACACAGAUCUCUACGAGCCAGAUGAGGAGGAGGAGCAUACAGUCAUUCGUCAUCCUCAACGAGCCAAGAAGAGGAAGGUUCUGUUGCCUGACGAGCAGACGAUGCUUUCAAGCACUCACAUCAAAGACCAACAAGCCAACCACGCCAACAUCCUCAGAGCUCAAUCGUUCUUGCCUAGAGAUCCUUUCGUUCUGGCUCUUAUGGAGAUGCAAAAGAGUGGCGGCUUCGUCUCCAACAUCAUGCUUGACGGUCGCAGUGCCGGUUGGGCACCUGAGCUGAGAGGAAUGCUUUCUCUCGAGGCUGUCAGCCGAUCAAACGAGUUGAAGAGGAAGCGGGACAGCGGAAUCGCUGAUGUGGAGAGUGACAACGGCGCCACAUCCAAGUCGCCUCGCCUGAACGUCGAAGAGGAUGACGCGUUUGCUGUCGAAGAUGCCGGGUUGGGCAACCAAAGCAUAGCGGCCGAUGGCACUAUUCUUGAGAUCCCGGCUGAUGAGGAGGGCAUUGCUUUUGGAGGAGACGACGACAACACCGGCCGACCUGUUUCGCGCGAAGGCAGCGCCAUGCCCGACUUUGACGAGACAACAGCUCCUGCCGUCCACCCUCAGGACAGUGGUCCGGUUUCUAUGGGUACCAAGCACGCUGUCCACGUGCUAAGAGACAUUUUUGGCCCCGACGCCGAGCACGACGCCGACAAGCGCAAGAAGACUGCCGUGGUCUUCCAAGACCUCCUUCCCGAGGGGAGAACGACGAAGGCUGACGCCACCAAGAUGUUUUUCGAAUGUCUCGUCUUGGCCACGAAGGACGCGAUCAAGGUUGAGCAGGGCGAGACACUCGGCGCACCUAUCAAAGUCCGAGCCAAGCGUGGCCUCUGGGGAGCCUGGGCUGAACGCGAAGCAGGCGGCGAGAUCGCCGAGGAGGAGGAGCUUAACCAGCCCGAGCCAGCAGCAGUCAGCGCCCCGGCUGUUGCGGUGGAGGCAUAG